CCCUGGAAGCUGAAAGUCAAUCUGUGGGGUUUGAAAGGAGCGUUUUCCUGUCUGCCUUGUGGUUGGUGCAGUGGGGGAGGGGCCGUAGGAGUCCGAGACUUAGCCUCCUCUUUGAAUCUAACUCUCCCCACAAAGGUCACCUGACUCAAAAAGAGCCCAGGAGCAGGCACUCAGUUAUCCAGAGGGCAUUUGGGGUUGGAGAUGAGGGAGUAUGAGGAAGAGUGUGGAUAUCUGGAGGACAGGAAGAAUUUUUCAGGGAAGUACCAUUUCUCCUUUCUCCUUUUUUCUCUCUCCUGACUGCGAGCUGUUCCUCAUCCAUCCUCCCCAACAUUUCCCAGACCCCAUCUUUUGGAAUUUCUUUACCUGUAGGCUUCAAAACUGUUCUGGAUCCUGAUACUUUUGAGUUUGGGGUGCAGGAUGAGAGGCACACACAUGUGGUUACUAGGGUGACCAACUUGCAGUUUUAGCACUGAAAGUCUUUUAUCCUAAUCCCCUAAAUCCCUGGCCAACCAAGAUGGUUGUUAAGUUCUGGACAACCUGACUGUUACCCCCUGUCCUGCCUUAGUGACUGUUCAUAUCACCCAGGGAGAUGCAGAGAUAGCAAAGGAAACCCAGUCCUCAGGGUCACGCCAGGGCCACCAAAAACGGGUUGGGACUGGAGGGACAGGGAUGCUUAGCGUGUCUAGACUAGGGUGGAAGAAGGAAGGUCAUUGACAGAAAUGGAAAUGGGGAGCAGCUUGUAUCAGAAGGAACCUCUGAUUGACCCCAGAGCUUCUGCAGAGGCUUCCUCUGUCCUCAAGCACUGGGGAGGGGAGUUCCUAACUUCCUCUGUUACAUAUUUCCCGACUAACAUCCUCUGUGGUCAGAAAGCCCUUCCUCAACUCUGUGGAGGAACCUGUGUGCUGUGGUUUCAGUCCAUUUCUUUUCAUCAUAUUUUCUGCCUGACAGCUACUGGGUGAACUCUGCUCUGGCUUUUCUCAAAGCAGAGAAAGUGGGGGCACUGCAAAGGUAAGGGACUUCCAUGACCACUAUUACACUCUGCACAUUUCCUGAGAGUGAUUGGGUUGGAAAGGAAGCAGGAAGGUCAGAUGGAAGGAAAGACUUCAGUUCUUAGCUUCUUCAGGAGAGUUCAAGAAGAGGAGAAAAGGGGAGAGUGACCCUUUCCUGGCCCUGGUUUCCCCUCUUGUCAGAACAGGCAUGAAGUACCAUCUCCCUCAUGCCUGUUCCCUAUGCUCAGCCUCUACUGCUAUAUGGUGGGACUGGACAGUUGGCUGUGGGGAGGUAAGAAAAAAGGCAGUACUGACCUUGCCCAGUGCCCAGAUUUUAGGGUAAGCCUCAUGUGUCAGGGUAAGCCAAAUGGGCAAGCACAAGGCAAAUGGUUGGGGAAGGGGAAGAAAUUGGCAUUCUGUGUGAUUGGACUUUGGCUUCUACCAAGAGAAGGGAAAAUUGAUUACCCUAGAAUGAAACCAAUUCCUUUAAGUGAAGGGAGCGACUGGGUUGCUGGAAGAGGGACUUCUUUCUUCAACUCCACUCAUGGCUUGAAUGCAAGCCAAGAACAAGGUGCUGACCUCUUUAGGUCACUAUGUUACAACCCAAACCUGGAACCUAACCACAGCUGUACCCUACAUUUCCUAUUACUCUACUUAUUCAUACAAAUGACAAAUAUUCUCAACAUUCUGCCCUCCCAAUCCGAGCCCACUUCCCCUCUCUGGCUUCCCUCCCUCCCUCCUCCUAUAUGACACACUUUAUUAUUCUGUUCAAUGAUCCAGUCUAGACCUGCAUAUGAGGCCACACCCCAGCCUACUCACUCCUGCACCCCUCGUUCUUCUCUCCCUUCCCCCUUUUGGGCACUUCUCAUCAAGUCCCACCCCUGAGGGUCCUCCUUCCAGCUGGCCUCUUCUGGACUUCAAAGACUAUCCUCCCUCCUGGUGAAGGGAGGGGGCAGGAGUUUCAGCCCCACCCUCAGGAAGAUGUGUCUUCCCCCUGCCGUGUGGUACUUCCUCUCCGAGUGACUUAGCUGACAGCAUCCAGACCUGGGUCCAGACCCCUGCCACUGAGACCGAUCUGGGGAUAGACUCCGCCACUCUGGGAUUGGCACCAGCUUCCAACCAGUGCCCAGCAAAGCCAAUCCUUGCCAUGGCCACGAACACUACAUCUCCUGCAGCACCCUCCUCGCUAUCCUCGCUAGGUGUCAUGGCCAUCACCCUCUUGUCAGUGGCUCUGGCUGUGGGGCUGCCCGGCAACAGUUUUGUGGUGUGGAGCAUCCUGGUAAAGAUGCGAAAGCGCUCUGUCACCGCCCUGCUGGUGCUGAACUUAGCCCUGGCAGACCUGGCCGUCUUGCUCACGGCCCCCUUUUUCCUCCACUCCGUGGCCCGAGGCACCUGGGUGUUCGGAGUGACCGGCUGCCGCCUGUUCCAUUAUGUCUGCGGGGUCAGCAUGUACGCCAGCGUCCUGCUUAUCACGGCCAUGAGCCUGGACCGCUCGCUGGCGGUGGCCCUCCCCUUUGUGUCCCAGAAGCUUCGCACCAAGAAGGUCGCCAGGUGGCUGCUGGCCAUCAUCUGGGCGGCGUCAGUCCUGCUGGCCACGCCCGUCAUCGUGUACCGCACCGUGGUCCCGAUUUCCCCGGACAACAGGAGCCUGUACUGCUUCCCGAAAUACAACACGGAAAGACACAGGGCCUUCCACCUGCUCUUCGAGGCCGUCACCGGCUUCCUGCUGCCUUUCCUGGCCGUGGUGGCCAGCUACUCCGACAUCGGGCGCAGGCUCCGGGCCCGGCGCUUCCGCCGCAGCCGCCGCACCGGCCGCCUGGUGGCGCUCAUCAUCCUCACCUUCGCCGCCUUCUGGCUGCCCUACCACAUGGUGAACCUGGCGGAAGCGGCCCGCUCGCUGGCCGGCCACCCGGCGGGGGUGGGGCCGGUGGGUGGGCGGCUGCUCCUGGCGCGCAGAGUGCUGAUUGCGCUGGCCUUCCUGAGCAGCAGCGUGAACCCCGUGCUGUACGCGUGCACCGGAGGCGGCCUGCUGCGCUUGGCCGGCGUGGGCUUCAUUGCCAAGCUGCUGGAAGGCACCGGCUCCGAGAUGUCCAGUACGCGACGCGGGGGCACCCUGGGCCAGACAGGGAGGGGCGCCCCCGCCCCCACUGAGCCUGGCCCAGCCGAGAGCCUCACUGCCUCCACCAACCCUCUCGAUUGAAACAGGCCCCGAGGGGUGGUGGGGGUGGUGGUGGUGAUGGAAGGGACACUUGCUUUCCUCCUGGCGGCACGCCCCCACGCUGGCCUGACCCAGUUUUGCACCCCGAGGAGAAGGUCUGUGGGUGUGGAGCGGAAGAAGAGGAAGGGGAGGGGCAAGUAAGGGCAGUCAGCUCCUGGGAAGCUUUGCA